AUCCAUUAGGACACUGUUUCUGGUGGGAAGGGAUUCUUUGUUGCACCCUGCGUGCGCAUUUGUUAUUCAACCGGCUUACAACAGGAGUUGCUAACAUCCUUAUAUUGAAAUUGCCAUAUUAAAGUUGUUUUAACUUUCAUAAUGUCGGAUGCCUUGCUUCAAUGGUGUGUGGACCAGUUGCACCACAACUUUGGCUUGGAGGCCAGUGAAGACAUAGUCCAGUAUAUUCUGUCCAUCGACAAUGCGGACGAGAUAGCGGAGUAUGUUGGGGACCUCCUUCAGGGCACUGAUGGAAGGAAGAAGCAGUUUAUAGAUGAACUCCUGGACAGAUGGCAGCGGUCUCAGACACUGACUCCUGACAGCACUGGCCUGUUCCCCAUAAACUCUCUGUCAGGAACAGAUGCUCAAGACAUGUCCAAGGACUCCCAGAAGAAAUCCAAGCGCAAAGGCAGGAACAAGCAAGAGGUGAUGGCUGUUAGCCAAGCAGAGCCUGAGCCUGAGGUGGUGAAAACUCCCAUUGACCUAAUGAAGGCCCAGGAGAGUGGCAGCUCCUCGUCACAGAAGAAGAAGAAGAACACAUUUGUGAGCCUCUACAAUAAAGAGGGCCAGGACAAGCUGGCUAUCCUGCUGCCCGGGCGCCAUUCCUGCGAAUGUCUGGCCCAGAAGCACAACCUCAUCAACAACUGCAUGAGCUGCGGACGCAUUGUGUGUGAGCAGGAGGGAUCAGGGCCCUGCAUCUUCUGUGGCAGCCUGGUAUGCACCAAAGAGGAGCAAGAGAUUCUGCAACGAGACUCCAACAAAAGUCAGAAACUGCGCAAGAAACUUAUGGAGGGGGCAUCGGAGAGGGGCUGUCUUCCACACCAAGAGGCAAAGAUGAAGGCAGGGUUAGAAAAGGCCCUUCAACAUAAAGACAAACUGCUGGAAUACGAUAAGAACAGUACGCGACGAACGCAGGUCCUGGAUGACGAGUCAGACUACUUUGCCACCGACUCCAACCAGUGGCUGUCGCCUAGCGAGCGCGAGCACCUGAGGAAGAAGGAGGAGGAGCUACGGGAGCUUCGCCACGCCUCCAGGAAGGACAGGAAGAUCACGCUGGACUUCACAGGCCGACAGGUGCUUGACGAGGGAGAUAAUAACAGUCAUUACUACAACAAGUUUGACGAGACGGUCAAGGCCCUCAACACAGGCACCAAGGGGAAAGCUCCCCAACGCCCUGAGGGACCAGCGGGGCGGCAGCACCUGAGAGAGCUGGUCAACCCCAACAUCGUACAGGCUGCACCCAAGUGGGUGGACGUGGGCAGUGGCCCUCGGAGAUCUCAGGAUAAAGGUGUUGUUGGCACAGAGGGAGACGGCGCUGUAGGCCCAGAACGCUCCAGACUCCGGCUGCAGGACAGAGAGCUGCAGGAGAUGGCAGACGGGGGCUGGUGCCUCAGCAUGCACCAACCAUGGGCCUCGCUACUGGUCAAAGGAAUAAAGAGGGUGGAGGGGAGGAGCUGGUACACAUCCCACCGCGGGCUCCUGUGGAUAGCAGCUGCAGCCAAGAGGCCCACCCCUGAGGAGGUCACUCAGGUGGAGAACAUGUUCCUUCAUAUCUACAAGAGAGAUCUUAAGUUUCCUAAAGACUACCCCACCGGCUGCCUGCUGGGCUGUGUCAACAUGACCGACUGUCUGUCUCAGGAGCAAUACAAGGAGCAGUUUCCUCAGACCUGCGAGGAGUCUGGCUCUCCGUUCGUCUUCGUCUGCACCAACCCUCAGGAGCUGCUGGUGAAAUUCCCCAUGAAAGGGAAACAUAAGAUCUUCAAGCUGGAGAGUCAAUAUCAUAGGGGUGCGAAGAUGGGACUGGUUCCGUCGGCGGCCGUGUGACGUUGGCGAGAGAGAGCGAGAAAGCAAAGAGAGAGUGUGGACCAGCUGGAGGAGAGGCAGAGAUUGAUGAGAACAUCCAGAGUUGGUCAUACUCUGACUACUGUGUUUUAUAUGGAGUUCCAGCAAAACAUAAAUAUGGACACACUGGCUAUACAUGGCAUCCUCUCAAGGCAUUUACAGUUUAAGGACAACGACUAAGCAGACAUUCACCACACAGGAAAGUUAUUACCAGGUUCUCUACAUUCUAUACUGUGUACUCUUGAACAGUUGUAUUUUCUGCAAUAAACAAUGUUGAAAUGUAA